UUUAUGUGCAAUUUGUGUACUUGUAACCUUUCGCAGAUCUCCGUGCUGCGCUAUUAAACGCAAAGUUCUUCUGAAGGGACAACUAUAUCUCAAAAAGACAAAGAUACUCCUCUAGAAAAAGAGAAUCGUGCAUUUAAAUUGUUUAGUGGUUGCCAAUAUUCUCACACAACGCAACUGCUAUUGCGCAUUAGAUAAAUAAAUAAGAUAUGUUUGUUCGCGAACGCAACAGUCACCAGAUUCAAUGAAAACAAAACAAAAUACUUUUCCUUUGUGCCUCAUUGAAGUCUCGAGGAGACGAGCACGUUGACGCCAAAAGAGCCAGCAUAACGCUGGGACACAGGCGUGGCACAAAUUGAGUUAAGAAGCUAAUGGACAUGAUCAGACAGUGAUUGAACACAUCAUUAACGCACGUGCAGACAAAAAAUAAACGACGAACAACCGGAAGAGUCGUCGUCCAGAUCCAGAGACAGUUCAGGAAACAGCAGUAGCUGAACACACAACAGACACACACACACACAAUGAGCACAAAUAGCAGCUUUUUUGAUGAACAUUUCAAUAUGCUUUAUGCCAAUCUGAUGAACAAUUAUGUGCCAGAGUACUUUAAGAGCUUCCAGUAUACCCCAUGGGUGUUUUCGCUGCUGGGGUCGGUGGUUAUCGGCCUCAGUGGCAUCUUUCCACUGUUCAUCAUUCCGACACAGGAGAAAAUGGACAAAAAUGGAUUCAAAGAUCCUGCGGAAUCAAAGUUUCUGCGAGUGCUGCUGAGCUUCGCCGUGGGUGGACUGUUGGGGGAUGUGUUCCUCCAUUUGCUGCCAGAGGCAUGGGAGGGGGAUCACCAGAGCUCUACGGGGGACUCCGGCCACCCGUCGCUACGCUCCGGAUUAUGGGUACUCGCUGGCAUAUUGAUCUUCACGAUAGUGGAGAAAAUCUUCUCCGGCUACACGAGCGCAGAUGAGGAGAAUCCCCAGCCAAAGUGCGUGGAAAUCGCCAACUGCCUGCUGCGUCGCAAUGGUGGCCAGAUGCCGGAGGGAGGAACCUCCGAGAGCUGCGGUGGCGCCUGCGACAUUGAGGACGUGGACAAAGUUUGUUUCCUGCGUGAGCGGGAACAGAAGUCCAAGGAGCAGAAAGAACAGCCCCGAAAGGUCGCGGGAUACCUGAACCUGCUCGCCAAUUCUAUUGACAACUUCACGCAUGGCCUGGCGGUGGCUGGCUCUUUCCUUGUCUCCUUUAGACACGGAGUUCUGGCUACAUUUGCCAUUCUGUUGCACGAGAUCCCUCACGAAGUUGGGGAUUUCGCCAUUCUUCUGCGUUCCGGCUUCAGUCGCUGGGAUGCGGCACGGGCACAGCUGCUAACAGCGGGCGCAGGACUACUUGGUGCCCUGGUGGCGAUUGGAGGCUCUGGUGUAACCUCAGCCAUGGAGGCACGCACCUCGUGGAUCAUGCCCUUUACCGCUGGCGGUUUUCUGCACAUUUCGCUGGUCACAGUAUUACCUGAUCUCUUAAAGGAAGAGGAGCGCAAGGAAUCCAUUAAGCAGCUGCUGGCCCUGGUCUUUGGCAUUGCGUUAAUGGCCAUCAUGACGACGCUUUUCGAACACUAACCUAACCCUAGCAAGACGCCGAGCAGCACAUCAGAAUAGUUUAUUCCAUAAAUGGUUCCAGGACAGGGAGGGCCGUUUUUUGGCUGUCCAAAAUUGAAAUGAAUUUGUUGUACUUUACGGGAUGCGCCCAGCCACACGUCCUAUUUUGCGUUAUGUAAUUAUAGCCGAUACGAAUGAUAUUUAAACUACUGUUAAUAAUUACGUAUUAUUGUACCAUACGAAACAUGAA